AGUGCAAUCUUCAUGGCCAAGCGUCACAAUCGUGAUGUGUGCAGUGAAACCGUAACAAUGACACAAAACACGGAAAAAAUCCCAAAGUACACACGUUCUUAAAAAAAAUUCUCAAAAUACAUGAGUUAUAAAAAAAAUUCCCAAAGUACACAUGUUUGAGCAUCACCGCGUUUGACAAACACGGUGAAUACUUCAUCGUUUUAAACAAAAACGGUGAAGUAUUCACCGUUUCACACCAAAACGGUGAAGCUUUCACCGCGUUAAUUAACAACGGUGAAAGCUUCACCGUUUUUGACCAAAACGGUGAAGCCUUCACCGUUGUUAACUAACGCGGUGAUCAUUUCCCACGUUUCCCACCCCUGGUAGGUCAAAAUUAGGUCGCAGCUACCACCUAUUCACCGUUUGAGACAAACGCGGUGAUAGUGUUCACCGUUUUUGUCAAAAACGGUGAAUAGUAGGCAGAUUUUCCUAUAAAUACCACACCACCAGCAGUUGUAAAAACAUAACCACUCCCCUUUCUUCAAAUUUCAGCAGCCAAAAUCGAGCAUAAUACACAGAACAGAAAUUUUUCGGUAUGUUGAGACUUUUCGUAUUAUGGUCUAAUUAUGUUUUUAGUAGUUAUAGUAUGAUUUAAUUUUCGUAUUAUGAUUUAAUUUUCGUAUUAUGUUGUUGUUAGUUAGUUGAACUUAUAUUCGUUAGUUAUAGUAUGAUUUAAUUUUCGUAUUAUGUUGUUGUUUGUUAGUUGAAUUUAUUUUCGUUAGUUAUGGUAUGAUUUAAUUUUCGUAUUAUGUUGUUGUUAGUUAGUUGAACUUAUGUUCGUUAGUUAUAGUAUGAUUUAAUUUUCGUAUUAUGUUGUUGUUAGUUAGUUGAAUUUAUUUUUGUUACUUAUGGUAUGAUUUAAUAUUAGUUGUACAAUAUGAUUUUGGUUAAUUUUACUGUCUUUAAGCUAAUAGAUACUUAUUGUAAAUUGUAGAUAUGGGUAAAUUCAAGAAGUUUCAUCUUACUAUUCGGUGGAAUGGAAGGGUGACAAACUCUGACAUAGGCAUUGAUUAUGAGGACGGCGAAUCCAUUAUGCUGAAAAUUGAAUCCCGAUUCAAUUUUCAAGAACUCUAUGAUCUUUGUGCAGAAAGGGUUUGUACGAGCGGACAGACGAGACUUGGCAAAAUUACUUACCGGUAUCCAGACAUGAGUGCUGGCGGGGUCGUGUUCCAAGAAGUUGUCAUAAACGAUGAUGACGCGGUUAUGAUGAUGUUACAGUUCCUAAGCGAUAACCAAGUCCGGCUUGCAGAGGUGUAUGUUGAGACCGAGGCGCUCGGUGAAUCUCAUUCUCACCAGUAUUCUUAUGAUGAUGGUUUUGCAGGAGGGUACGAAUGGGGUGGUAGUUCGAGCAACUACCAAGGCGGUGGUUAUACAGGAGGUUACGGGGAGGGUGGUGGUUCAAUCAACUACGGUGGAUCGAGUAGUGCAGGAUGGGACCAAUACUCGCAACCUCCUAAACCAGCCCCAUUUGUUGAGGCCGAUGGUGUUCAAUGGCCUGCUUGGGGGCCAGAGUGGUAUGGAAUCGAGAAUACCAUUCGAUCAGGGCGUACUUCACAUGAGCGAGAGGACGAUGUUGGUGAUCGUGGUCAUGUUGAUCCUUCUAGCUCGAGCUAUCCAUUCGAGUCAAGCGACGAGGAUACUGAGGAAGAUUUGAUAUCAGUGAGCGAGGAGGAGGAAGAUACUGAUGAUAACGAGGAUGAGGCGGCAUUUCGUGAGGCACCCACGCCAUAUUACACACAGGUUCCAACUCAAUUUUUACAUAGUCAGAAUGAUCCCCCCGACUUUGUCCCUAUGCCAGUGUACAAUCCAACGGCCAAUCUGGAGGUGGGUAUGGCGUUCACAUCGAAAGACGCUGUGCAGGAUGCAUUUACAGAAGAGGCGUUGAGGCGCAAUUUCGAGUGGAAGGUAAAAUAUUCUGACAGUAAACAAUUACAUGUCAUAUGCAAGCAUGAUGCAGAGGGUUGUACGUGGCAACUGCGGGCUGCAAAUAUGAAGAGAAAGGGUGCUUGGGUGAUUCGCAAAGCUGAGACGAUCCAAGUAUUUUGUUAAAUCAAAAAUGUUUUCCUUGUCGAUACGAUCGCGCGGCCGCAAACGGCUCGUUAUUUCGACCUCAAACGAAUAAGAUACGGGCGUUUUA